AAUAUGCAGUAACUAUUACACAUUCAAUCCAGCCAAAUAAAUAUUGAAUUAUUCUCAAAGAAUCAGAAUAAGAAGUCUAGCAAGUAAGGGGCUUUCAUAUUUAGGGGUGACCACCGAGUGUCCUGUACAACAACAACAACACAACCAUGUGAAUGCUUUGUUUCAUCAUGGCGGCAGGAAAGCAAGUAGAGGUAUCCGGUGGCUAUAAACUUGGUGGCAUAUCAGACUUGCUUAGCAAUACAACUUGUGAUGCAGAAUCCAAAGAUCAUGCUAAAGAACUUGACAAUCUAUUUAGUGGUGAAUCUUCUGCAGUAACUUUCACAGAACCCGCUAUCGUUAUUGCAACAAAACGUAAAGACAAAAUUAGGCCACCUCUUUCAAGUUCUACCAAGAUAGAAGAGUCUGUAGGAACUUCGACCGAAAAAGCUUCCUCUAAACGGAAAAGAGUAGGAUUAGAAGUGGUAUCUUCAAAUGAACCAACGAGGAAAAUACAACGGAUGAACAGAAAGAAGUACAAAACCAGCGACAAUGCAGAAUCAAGAGAGAGCACUGUUGAUGAGGCUGAAAGGCUUUCAAGAACAAUAUUUGUAGGAAACGUUUCAAUUGAUGCUACAAAGAAAGAAUUGAAAUCAAUUUUUUCCAAAUAUGGGAAAGUGGAAAGUGUUCGUUUCAGAUCUGUACCGGUUGCUGGCCCUAAACAUUCAAAGAAAGUUGCAAUUUUGAAAAAAGAAUUUCACCCAGAAAGAAACACAAUGAAUGCUUAUAUUGUUUACGAAGAAAAAAGUGAAACCGAAAAGGCUUUGGCAGCAAAAGGAACAGAAUUUAAAGGGAUGCACUUGAGAGUUGAUUUGGCUGCAAAAAGAGCAAUUGACAACAAACAGUCUGUAUUCAUUGGUAAUCUGCCAUUUAAUGUAAACGAGGAAGAUAUCAGAAAGCAUUUUAGUCAAUGUGGUGAUGUUGAUGAUGUUCGAGUGAUCAGAGACAAAAAGACAGGGGCAGGCAAAGGUUUUGGAUAUGUCACUUUUAAAGAGAGAGAAAGUGUAACAUUUGCAGUUAAACUGCAAAAUUCAGACCUUGCUGGUAGGAAGAUUAGGGUAUUCCGGUCAGUUGAAAAAGACAAAGCUGACAGACCAUUCAAUAAAAAGAAAGACAGACAGUUUAGAAUGAAAGAUGUUUCUUUGAAAGGAGACAGUGGACAGGCAACAAAGAAUAACAAAAAGUUUUCUAUUGAAAAAAAGAAAGGUGGAUCAAAAUUCCAAAGUAGUCAAAGAAGCAAAAAUAGAAACUCUACCAAAAGUAAUUUCAAAAGCAAACUUUCUGUCAAGAAGAACACACACAAGUUCCAAGGCUCAAAGAAAAAGUAAAACAAAUUUGUUUUAUACCUUGAUAGUUUCUUCAUGUUAAUGUUGGUAAUUUGCAAACAUCGAUCUACAAUAGUUUAUUUUUUUUAUAGAAGACUGAUCUAUGUUUGAUACUAUGAAAAUAUUCUAUGUAUGCUGCAACAUGAAUUUGCCAAUAUGAGAUACAAACUGCGAAAUUAUUUUUGGGAAGUAUCUGAACCUGGGAACUUCAUUUCAGUGAAAAAAAUUAUUGCAUAAAAAAUGGCACAGUAGAAUCUGAAAAUCAAGCUCAAGGAUCUUUGAAAAUUCGAAAUUAUUUGUUUACCAAUAAUUUUUCUCAUGAAUGCUGAUAUCCAUCACCCUCAGUGAUUCUCUGGUGCACAGAUAUUUUUUUGAUAAAACCAUUAGUUUCAGGUGAAAAAAAUGUCCUCAAAAAUACUACAUUAUUUAGAAAAAAGUACUAAUUUAGCACUAAUUUACGUGUAUUUAUUGUUGUAUAUUCUCAGCGCAUUGUGGUGUUUCUUAUUUGCUACAUUUUUAUCAACUUUUCACUGCAAGAACUCCUUGGAGCAGCCUGCUA